CAUAAAUUUUUUUAAUACACAAUUAACGAUAUUUAGCAAUAUAUAAAUGAUAAUUAAAAAUUCUGAUCUGGUCUGAUCUGAAUAUUUCUGGUAUGGUCUGGGCUGAUCUGAAUUUAUUUAAGAAUAAAUAAUAAGUACCUGAAAUAAGUCGAAGAGAACGUGUCCAAACCAACGUUUAAAAAAAAAUUAAAAAAAAAAAAAAAAAUUAAAAUCUGCAUAACCAAAACCCUUCCACUCCCGCUCUUUCCCCUUCAAUCAUCCUCCCAGUUUCUCUCUCCUCUCUGAAACUGCAGAAUCAAACAAAGAAAAAUGAGGGAAGAAGAAAUAGAGAAGCUAAGAGGAGUAGUGAGAGACUGUGUUAGCAAACACCUCUACUCCUCCGCCAUUUUCUUCGCCGAUAAAGUCGCCGCCUUUACCUCCGACCCCGCCGAUAUUUAUAUGCAAGCUCAAGCUCUCUUCCUCGGCCGCCAUUUUCGCCGCGCUUUUCACCUCCUUAAUGCCUCUCACGUUGUCCUCCGUGACCUCCGCUUUCGUUACCUCGCCGCCAAAUGCCUAGAGGAGCUAAAGGAGUGGGAUCAAUGUUUACAAAUGCUAGGAGAUGCUAAACUUGAUGAACAUGGUAAUGUAAGCGACACAAAAGACAGAAGUGUUAUGUACCUUGACAAGGAUGCUCAAGACCAUGAAAUCAAUAUAUCUGCAGCUAUAUGUUUUCUCCGAGGUAGAGCAUAUGAGGCUCUGGAAAAUCGUGCUCAAGCACGCCAGUGGUAUAUAGCUGCAGUCAAAGCCGAUCCUUUGUGUUAUGAGGCAUUGGAUCGCCUCAUUGAAAACCAUAUGCUUACAUGCAGUGAAGAAUCCUCUCUACUUUCAUCAUUGCAAUUUAGCCAUGAAGACGGGUGGCUUUCUUCAUUUUAUACUUGUCUAAUAAAGAAGCAAGAUAAAGAGAAUGUUGUAGAAGCUAUGUUUGAUGAUGUUGAGAAGGAAAAUGCCUGCAGUCCUUCAUCAGAUUCAUCCUUUAAUGGAACUUUGAAGAAUAACACUGACUUGUUGGCCUGUAAAGCUGAAUAUUACCAUCAAUGCGGUGAAUAUCAGAAAUGUUUCGAACUAACUUCAUUAUUGCUUGAAAAAGAUCCCUUCCAUCUGAAGUGUACUUUGGUACAUCUAGCUGCUGCCAUGGAACUCGGCCAGUCAAAUGAGCUCUAUAUUAUGGCUUGCAAUUUGGUCAAAGAUCAUCCUCAAAAGCCUCUGUCAUGGUUUGCUGUAGGAUGUUACUAUUACUGCAUAAGAAAGUAUGACCAAUCACGCCGGUAUUUCAGCAAAGCAACAAGUCUAGAAGGAACAUUUUUAUCUUCUUGGAUUGGUCAAGGGAAUGCAUAUGCUGCUUUAGAAGAAGGUGAUCAAGCAAUGUUGGCUUACCGCACUGCUGCUCGUUUGUUUCCUGGGUGUCAUUUACCAACCUUGUAUAUUGGCAUGGAAUACAUGCGAACACACAGCUUCAAACUUGCAGAGCAGUUCUUUUUGCAGGCCCAAACAAUAUGCUCUUCUGAUCCUCUGGUGUAUAAUGAAUUGGGUGUUGUUGCAUAUCACAUGAAGGAGUACAAAAAAGCAGUUCGGUGGUUUGAGAAAACAUUGGCGAAUAUCCCAGCAUCCAUGAACGCAACAUGGGAACCCACUAUUGUCAAUCUUGCGCAUGCAUAUAGGAAAUUAAAGAUAUAUCCUGAGGCUAUCAAAUAUUAUGAGAAAGCACUAAAUUUAUCUACCAAGAGUUUAAGUACUUAUUCAGGUCUUGCUUACACUUAUCAUUUGAAGGGAGAUUAUAGUGCUGCCAUUACACAUUAUCACAAGGCAUUGUGGCUGAAGCCAGACGAUCAGUUUUGUACAGAAAUGUUAACUCUAGCACUUGCGGAGGAGAGCCGUUGUGAUCCUGACUCUAUUCCAGGAUUGAUCUCCUAGUACAGAGUAUCCUUUUAGUUGUAAGUUGUGUAGUCUUAGAAACAAUUCAUUCUUAUAUACACAAAAUGUAUCAAUAUUGUGUUUAAAAGCUAUGUUAACAUCAUUCCAAAAUCUGAAUC